UGUGCUGUGAGCGUCUGUGGAAUCGGAAACCCAUACACUAGCCCACAAGAGGAUUCAGCGUUUAACAUUUUCUAUCAAGUUACUUUUCUUUAAGCAAGUGAAUCCCAUGGAGAGUAGCUUUUGCUAGGAUUCACCUAGCAAAAUGUCCCUAGUAUUUUGCUUUCGAUAACCUCAACUAAGACUUUCAAGGCAAGACCCCAUAACUGAUGGCAUUUUUCCAUCAGUUGCGACUUUUGUUGUGGAAAAAUGGCCUGAGUGUCAUUAGGCAACCUGGAUGGUCUUUGGCUCUACUUAUUUGGCCACUGGUCAUCUUCAUCAUUCUGGCCAUCACCCGCUCCCAGUUUCCCCCGAAGAUCAAAGACACAUGCUAUGUUGCCCCAAGGAACCUCCCCAGUGCGGGGUUCUUCCCCUUCCUUCAGACCCUCAUGUGCAACACCGACACCUCCUGCUCCAACCACUCUCGCCUGGUGGGCCGCCAUUUCCACCGUUCCCACCAUGGACCCAGAGUGGCCCGGGACACAAGGGAUGAAGAAGAUUUUGAUGGCAUGGGCCUGCUACCUGCCCAGCCCCCUAUCAUGGCUCAUCUCAAGCCUGGGGGCUUGGUCCGAAACGCUCGCUCCCCCCAGGACCUAGACAACCAAACUGACAUUAUGGAGCUGUGGGACAUGCUGCUGAAUUCCAGCCAAAAAGAGACACCUUCAAAGACCUCACUCAUGGCUGCACUCAACAACACCAUGUUCCUUGAUAAGGCGGCCCUGCACACCAUGUUACAGUCCGUGGAUCAACUCAAACAGUCAUUCUGCAAGCUCUCUCUCAGCACCAUUGAUCCGUUGGUCGAGGAGAACAACCCUUUUGUUCUUGGCCUGAUGACAUUUUGCAAGACCAACGACACGUUUCUUGAGGUCUCCUUGAUCAUUCUAAACAAGGUUUUGACCCAGCUGAUCAUGGACAACCCAGCCGAAGUGCUCAACACUCUGGGUGUGGCCGUGGCCGUGUUUGAAAACCUCCAGAAGCAGGACUCUCUGUGGGAACUGUUGUUGGACCUCCCCAACCUGUUCCUGCUGCCCACUGAUGAAGAAAAACUAGCUGCCAGUGCCAAAAGAUUGGAAUAUCUGAAAAGUUCUCUCACCUCCAUCCAGAGCCACUUCCCUGAGGCCAACCUGUCUGUUGCCAUGGUGAAUCCAGUAAUUGAGGGAGGCAUGUCCCUCCUUAAAUACAUGAGCACAUGGAGCGGCAAAGAUGUUUAUGUCUCGCUCCGAGACCUCAUGAUGCCAUUCAACAUGUCCUUAGUGUCACCAGAGUUCAACCAACUUGUUGAGCAAGUUUCAGUCCCACUUAGUAAGGCGGCUGCGCUGCUGGACAGGGCAUCUUUCAGGGGUUAUGUCUGUGGCAACAGCAGUGCUCCGAGCUGGAUAGAGCAGGCAUGCACCGACGGGCAGGUGGACAGAGUCUUUGACUGGAUAAGUCCACAAAAGGUGGCGGAACAGGUGCUCCUCGCUUGGAGCGAUAACUCUGCUCCCACUGAUGUAGAGUUCGCCAAACAGUUCUUGAACGGCCUGUUCAAUGGCUUCCUGACUCCUGGCCUAGAAUCCUCAGACGGACGUUCACAGCGCAGCAGUCUUGGGCAGCCCCAGAAUGUUCAGGAGGAGCUGUUUGUCAGUAUUGGCUCUGUAGUACUCGACCUACUGCAGGGACUUCCUGGUUGGGAAACUGUCCAUUCCAUCCUCAUGGGAGGACACACUUCCAUGCAGCUUGUUACACAAGCAAUGAUGACACAGCAAGAACUGAUGAGCCUUGUGAUGAAAGAUGCCCAGAAUAUACAGGCAACUCUUCAGGCCUUAAUGCAGAACCAGUCUGUGGCAGACAUCUGGGCCACCAGCAUCAUGGACUCUGCCGUGAAAAGCGCAAUGCAGGCUGUACUGGCUGAGGGGCCUGUGGAGUGUAGCAGUCUUGCUGCUCAGUGGUCUUGGCUCUCCUCUUUAAGCUCCUUGGAUUCUGAGCUCUGGGAGACACUCCUUUGUCCUGGAAAUGGCUCCUACUUAGAAAAAGUCCUGAUGGCACCCUUGUAUCCUGUCAUACAGAAGGUGAACCAACUGGUCGGCGUGGUUGAGGGUAGUGAAAAGUACAAUGUCAGUGCUAGCAUGAUCCUUGCGGAGUGGCACAGCCUGUCACUGACCGCCUCGCAGUAUGGGGAGUUGUUUGAGCACUUUCUCAGUGAGCUGGAUCAAGACUUCCUUGACAGUUUGAUUCCCACCAACGUCACUGUCAACUGGCAAGAGGUCCUGAUACAAAGUGGACUGAAGACACUUGAACAUGUGGGCCCCCAGCUGCAAACCACUGCUCUUUGGGGCACUAUGGAACCCUACCUCCACCUAGCCUACUACAUCAUGACUUACCAGCCCAAUAUCACUGCGCCCCCAAACUGCACCUUGGUUGAAAUGAUGCCAUACUGUGACACUGGCUUCACCCUGGACAAGUUCAUUAUAACCACUGGAUAUGUGGUUGAGGAAUUCUCCACAAAUCCAGCAGCAUUAUUGAGAUAUGUCCAGGGCUCUGUGGCUCUCGUCCAAAGCAUCUACAGGGACUUCUACAUCAAGGCUGUGACUAAGCUCCUCAGUGCCCCUGGGCAGUUGCCAGGUGAUGGAUCCAUAGGGUAUCUACUUGAGAAUCUCAUCCACGUAUUAGACAAGGACCUGCAGCUGCUCUCUAAUCUCAUGUCCAUUGACCAAUUUGCCAGCCGUCUCCCCAUGUCUCUGCUGAGGCACAUUGUGGACGUUCUCGGGUUGGAGCCUCUAGAGGCCAUCUGGGGGGGCACAAAUGACACCACCUCCAUUAUUAACGCCAUCUUGGAGGUUGCCAAAAACAACCAGAACCUCUUUUCUGGCCUACCCAUGAAUCAGACCAACCAGUCCGUUGCAGAGCUAGAGGCUGUCAUCUUGAAGUGGCUUGAAAUGCAAGUCAAUUUGACCUUACCAAUCUCUUUCAAUCUGAGUGAAGCCCUACUGACCUACUCUGCCUCACUGAAUGCCACAGACCUGGCCUAUCUGGAGCAGGUCUUGAAGCCCCUCACUAAUCAGACCUCUGGGGGCUUAGCUGAAUUCGCCCUGAGGGCCUUGGUGCUGCUGAAGGAAGUGGUUGACGCCUCUGAUGGCAGCGACCCUUCUGCAGUGCUGCUGGGAUAUGUUCGCCAGCUGCAGGACUUCCUGGGGAAGGCUCUCCAGCUGGAGCAACAUGUCCAGCUCCUUCAGCCUGGCGGAGGCCUCAAUCUAGCACAGAUCACUAAUCUGCGUCCAGUGGUCAUGGAUCUCCUUCAGACUCUGUCAUCCGAGUCCCUGGAGGGGCCAGCCGUAGUGGAGGCCAUCUUGCGCCAGCUCGGUGUUGUGCUGCCUGAAGAGUUCCAGGCCCACUAUCAUCGCCUUGUGAACGACACUCGCGCGCUAAUUGCUGAUUUGAAUGUCUGUCUGGCCACGGGACAGGACUGUGCUGCUGGUGUCUCACAGGUGUCCCAGAUUCUGUAUCAGGUGUCUGAGAAGAUGUUAGCAGGAGCCGGUGGGAAUGUGAUCCUUCAGUUUGGCCCCCUUCAAGGUAACCUAUCCCUCUCUGUGACUGGAAAACUGCUUGCUCUGCUGCGUCCUUGGACAAAUGUGUCCUCCUCACAGGAGCUGACCAUGGAAACAGUGGCCCAAGUCCUCUACUUCCUCGAGGAGAUCACAUCCAUGCCCAACAUUAGCGUGGCUGCUCUUCAGCAAAUCCUCAGCUCAUCAAACCUCACUAUCUAUGAGCUUGACAAAAUUGCACAGUUAACCAUGAACACAUCUGUUCCCAUCAUCCUGUCAAACUUGACUGCCAUUGCCAAUAUCCAGCAGUGCUUCUAUGCACCUCACAAUACAUCAUUUAUGGGAUCCAUGAACUCCAGUGAGAUUGAAUGUGCUCUUCAGAUAAUUCACAAAGCAGUUGAUUUUCUUCAGACCUUCCCUUUGCCUCAACAGACAAAAUCAGACUUGGUAGCUCUGAAGCUUAUGACAGAGGUCUUUGCUCAACAGACAGGAAAGGACCCUAUCAAACUGACUGAAGAGAUUCUCAGAAUGACUUUGGAAAACAUCAAAGAAAGCCUCAGGAACCUCAAUCACAGCAAUACAGAAGAAAUCAUAAAUGAGCUCAACAUCCUUGAAGGCAUUCUCCAGCUUGGUUUUCAUGAGCAGUACCCAAUGGAUACCAGAAACGAAACAUUGCUGGAAAAUCAAGUGUAUGCACAGAAGGUGUAUGCUGAAAUUGCACAGUGGUACCUGAAGAAGCUGGAGAAUGCAACUAGUGACAGCAUGUUUGCAAAUAUCCUAUUUUCCAUCUUCCGCACAACACAAAUGCAGCUUGCCAUUACUGUGGCUCAAUCUGAUUUCUCUGCACUGUUGGUCCAGCAAGUUGAAGGUGUGUUCUCUCAAGUUCAGCUUCCACUGGACGAAUACGAUCUGAGGAGGAUCGGCCAUUCCAUCAUCACGAUACUCCGUGGCCAGCUGGAACUCGUAAAGAUCAAUUUAAAACUCCAGCAGGACUACUACGACUCCAUGGGUAUGCCGAUGAACAUCAGCAUUCCACGCGACAUUGAGGUGCAGAUCAUGACGUACAUCAACCUUACUCAAAGUUGGAUCUCAGACCCCAGUUUCACAUCAGCCCUGGCAGGUCUGCUGCAAUGGGACAUGGACACGGUUAACAUGACCACUGUUCACACGGACAUCACCCACCUCAUUAAAGCCAUAAUUCCACUCCUGUCAGCAGAGGAGCAGGCGUUCUUCACCGUCAUCGACAAGGUCUUUCAGGCACUGAUCCAUGCAGUGGAGGUGGCGACAUUCGAAGGUCCUCAAAGUGCCAACUUCACCGAGGCCACUUUGAAAGCAGUGCGGGUCAUCCUGGAAGCGGUGCCCACUGAGAAUGGAACGUUGCCAAGUCCAGUCAUCCAUCAGAUUGUGGAAGCCUUAGGCAGCUCACUUCAGCUAAUCCUCCAUCCCAACAUGAGCUAUGCCGAGUCAAACCACCUCAGCCUUGUUCUUGCGAGGAGUGUGGAGGAUCUGAUCAGGUCACUCAUACCAGGCAUGGCUGCCGAGGUGCUGCUCCCCAUGACCAAUGUGGUCACUACUUACUUUGAGACCAUCUCUCAGCCUGCUGGACCUGACCAGUGGAAUAUAAUCAUUGUGAACAUCAUGAAAGGACUGGCACACAGUCUGCCACAGAACAGCACCGCACAGCCCUACCUUUCUCUCAUCACCAGAGUAACACAAUUCAUCCUGAAUGCAACAGAUGGAAGCCCCAUGGACAUUUUGGAAAGUCUGGGAACAUUGAAUAUCACGGAUAUUGAAGAGGUUGCAGAACAGCUCGGAGGGGUCCUGGGGUCCCUCCUCCCUCUUCUUGGAGAUCAGGUCCAGGGUCUGACUCCACACUCUGCCAAGGUCUUUGCUGACGCACUCCCUGUUCUCAUGCAAAUCAUCACUGGACAGGCUGAUCAACACACUUUUGAAAGGCUUGAAAGGAUUGUUGCAGUUCUUUUGACAAUAAUCAGAGGGACCCCUGCCUGGAAUGAAGUUCCCUCCACUCUCCAUGUCUUCUCAAUGAUGGCAGACAAUCUGAAUGCUCAAGCAGAGUUCAUCCACAGCGUACAGGAGCCUCUGUUAAACCUCACCACAAACCUGCUCCAGGCUGUAAACACCAGCAACUUUGACAUGGCUGACUUUUUCAGAGAAUUCCAGCUGGCUCUACAGCACACCAUUGAAGUUGCCAUACAGACUGCUGAAGAGGGCAGAGCACUGAAUUGCAGCGAUGUGCUGAAAAUGUGGGAGGAGGCUGGAGAAGCGGCAGGGGUCCCUCCCAGCAGCCUGAGCAUGUGGUGCCACAUCAGCCUGGCCCCUUUCAUUGAGGCCAGUAACUUAUCCGGAUAUUUCCCACCAUUCAACACAACGGGAGCUGGACCAGAGGCCCAGUCGGUUAAUGCCACAGCAGCUAAGAUUGUGCAGGUUCUCGGGUCUCUCUACAAUGCCAGUCUGUCCCAGACCUACGCUUCUCAACAGCUAAUCACAGUCCUCAUAGAUCACAUAUCUGCCAGCCUGCCAGGGAUCACAGCAGGAAGCCCAGAUUACUGGAAUGAACAGCUUUUUAAUCUGCAGUUGUAUCAAAGUUUUUCAGGCCUCGAUAUGGCACUGGAUCAAGUGGAGCUGGUUGCUCCUUGGAUGCGCCCCUAUAUCCAGGCCGUGGAGAAGGCCGUCGAGUACACCCUGCGGAACAGCCAGCGUCUGAUGAACACCACAUCAGGCCAGCAGGUGUUCAUGGAGGCCCUUGAGAUUCUCCUGACUGGGAUGAAUGUCACAAGGAACCCAAUGGACAUUUUGGAAAGUCUGGGAACCUUGAAUUUCACGACUAUUGAAGAGGUUGCAAAACAGUUAUGCAAGGAUGGAUGUAACGAUGGAACGUUGGCAAGUCAAGUCAUCCAUCAGAUUGUGGAAGCCUUAGGCAGCUCACUUCAGCUAAUCCUCCAUCCCAACAUGAGCUAUGCCGAGUCAAACCACCUCAGCCUUCUUCUUGCGAGGAGUGUGGAGGAUCUGAUCAGGUCACUCAUACCAGACAUGGCUGCCGAGGUGCUGCUUCCCAUGACCAAUGUGGUCACUACUUACUUUGAGACCAUCUCUCAGCCUGCUGGACCUGACCAGUGGAAUAUAAUCAUUGUGAACAUCAUGAAAGGACUGGCACACAGUCUGCCACAGAACAGCACUGCACAGCCCUACCUUUCUCUCAUCACCAGAGUAACACAAUUCAUCCUGAAUGCAACAGAUGGAAGCCCCAUGGACAUUUUGGAAGGUCUGGGAACGUUGAAUUUCACGGAUAUUGAAGAUGUUGCAGAACAGCUCGGAGGGGUCCUGGGGUCCCUCUUCCCUCUUCUUGGGGAUCAGGCCCAGGGUCUGACUCCACACUCUGCCAAGGUCUUUGCUGACACACUCCCUGUUCUCAUGCAAAUCAUCACUGGACAGGCUGAUCAACACACUUUUGAAAGGCUUGAAAGGAUUGUUGCAGUUCUUUUGACAACCAUCAGAGGGACCCCUGCCUGGAAUGAAGUUCCCUCCACUCUCCAUGUCUUCUCAAUGAUGGCAGACAAUCUGAAUGCUCAAGCAGAGUUCAUCCACAGCGUACAGGAGCCUCUGUUAAACCUCACCACAAACCUGCUCCAGGCUGUGAACACCAGCAACUUUGACAUGGCUGACUUUUUCAGAGAGUUCCAGCUGGCUCUACAGCACACCAUUGAAGUUGCCAUUCAGACUGCUGAAGAGGGCAGAGCACUGAAUUGCAGCGAUGUGCUGAAAAUGUGGGAGGAGGCUGGAGAAGCGGCAGGGGUCCCUCCCAGCAGCCUGAGCAUGUGGUGCCACAUCAGCCUGGCCCCUUUCAUUGAGGCCAGUAACUUAUCCGGAUAUUUCCCACCAUUCAACACAACGGGAGCUGGACCAGAGGCCCAGUCGGUUAAUGCCACUGCAGCUAAGAUUGUGCAGGUUCUCGGGUCUCUCUACAAUGCCAGUCUGUCCCAGACCUACGCUUCUCAACAGCUAAUCACAGUCCUCAUAGAUCACAUAUCUGCCAGCCUGCCAGGGAUCACAGCAGGAAGCCCAGAUUACUGGAAUGAACAGCUUUUUAAUCUGCAGUUGUAUCAAAGUUUUUCAGGCCUCGAUAUGGCACUGGAUCAAGUGGAGCUGGUUGCUCCUUGGAUGCGCCCCUAUAUCCAGGCCGUGGAGAAGGCCGUCGAGUACACCCUGCGGAACAGCCAGCGUCUGAUGAACACCACAUCAGGCCAGCAGGUGUUCAUGGAGGCCCUUGAGAUUCUCCUGACUGGGAUGAAUGUCACAAGAAGCCCCAUGGACAUUUUGGAAGGUCUGGGAACGUUGAAUUUCACGGAUAUUGAAGAUGUUGCAGAACAGCUCGGAGGGGUCCUGGGGUCCCUCCUCCCUCUUCUUGGGGAUCAGGUCCAGGGUCUGACUCCACACUAUGCUGACGCACUCUCUGUUCUCAUGCAAAUCAUCACUGGACAGGCUGAUCAACAAACCUUUGAAAGGCUUGAAAGGAUUGUUGCAGUUCUUUUGACAACCAUCAGAGGGACCCCUGCCUGGAAUGAAGUUCCCUCCACUCUCCAUGUCUUCUCAAUGAUGGCAGACUAUCUGAAUGCUCAAGCAGAGUUCAUCCACAGCGUACAGGAGCCUCUGUUAAACCUCACCACAAACCUGCUCCAGGCUGUGAACACCAGCACCUUCGACAUGGCUGACUUCUUCAGAGAGUUCCAGCUGGCUCUACAGCACACCAUUGAAGUUGCCAUACAGACUGCUGAAGAGGGCAGAGCACUGAAUUGCAGCGAUGUGCUGAAAAUGUGGGAGGAGGCUGGAGAAGCGGCAGGGGUCCCUCCCAGCAGCCUGAGCAUGUGGUGCCACAUCAGCCUGGCCCCUUUCAUUGAGGCCAGUAACUUAUCCGGAUAUUUCCCACCAUUCAACACAACGGGAGCUGGACCAGAGGCCCAGUCGGUUAAUGCCACUGCAGCUAAGAUUGUGCAGGUUCUGGAGUCUCUCUACGAUGCCAGUCUGUCCCAGACCUACGCUUCUCAACAGCUAAUCACAGUACUCAUAGAUCACAUAUCUGCCAGCCUGCCAGCAGGAAGCCCAGAUUACUGGAAUGAACAGCUUUUUAAUCUGCAGUUGUAUCAAAGUUUUUCAGGCCUCGAUAUGGCACUGGAUCAAGUGGAGCUGGUUGCUCCUUGGAUGCGCCCCUAUAUCCAGGCCGUGGAGAAGGCCGUCGAGUACACCCUGCGGAACAGCCAGCGUCUGAUGAACACCACAUCAGGCCAGCAGGUGUUCAUGGAGGCCCUUGAGAUUCUCCUGACUGGGAUGAAUGUCACAAGUGAGUCCAUUCACCUGCUGCUCAGUGGAGACAUCAACAACAUUGAUGGACCAUCCAUCGACAGACUUCUGAAAUUUGUUAUCAAGGAGGUCAUUCAGAUGAAGCUACUAGGUGACUGGCCUAUGGCAUAUAGUGCAUUGGAGCAGAUUCUUGCGUCCAGUUCCUCAAGUGUUGUCCUGGCGAGAGCCAUUGAAUUAGUCAACUGGUUCGGAACCACCCAAGAAACCGGUAUGGGAUUCCUCACUGAGGCUCUUCGGAAAAUCUACCAUGUGGUUCAGGCUGUCUUAAAGAUGGUGUCACACUUCACCUCAGACCUACCUGGCUCUGAUCUCUUCACUGACAUUGUUGGGAAUGCAUUGAACAUGCUGAGACAGAUCACCAGUACAAGCGACUUCUUUGCCCCACUGGAUGGCCUCCUAGAAGAACUGCAAAGGAACCUUAUGUCAGUGGGUCAGGCUCCAUCCAGGAGGACGCGGCGAGAGGCCAUGAGGGGGCCCAUGGAUGACUUCCUGGACCUCCUGGAGAUCGACUACAAUGCCUUGUUCGAAGCUCUGGCCAUCCCACCCACGCCAGAAGAAAUCAUUGAGACUGUCCAUGUCUUCUUCUCCAACCCUGAUCUGGCUAUUUUUCUGAAGGGCGUAACAAGAGAUAUGACCGGAAGCUCAGCACACGAUGAAACCAUCGACACCGCCCUGAAUGUGCUGUCCCACCUGAUGCUCCCCAGCCAGACCAUGAAUUUUGUGGAGUUGUUCAUGGAGAUUGCAGAGGAUGGCUGGAGUGUGGAGGACUUGGGCAAGCUUGAGAAGCUGGCAGAGAGUCUCGCCAGAACAGUCGACAUGGCCAUGAUACUGUCUCGCCAGCCUUCUCUCAACAUUGCUCAGAGAAUUGAGCAGAUGGCUCAACAGCUCUCUGGUGUGGUGGAUCACCUCAUCAGUCGCAAAGAGAACAUCACUGAUAUAGCCUCAGAGUUUCUCACUGCUCUCAAUAACAUUCUCCUACAGAAUAUCGAAGAAGCUAAAGACAUCAGCCCACAGAUCACAGCUAUUCUCAAAGACAUCAUUGCCACUGCCUCCAAUCCAGGAUCACAGACAAGCCUGUUACCUUACCUGAUGGCUCUGGACCAAACUGUGAGAGCUUUCGCCCCGGUUCUCUCAACAGAGAACCUCAUGUACUUCAACACCUCAGGGCAGAUGAUCAAAGCUUUUGCCAUGCUUAUCUCAUAUCCACACGAUGUUGAGAAAGUGCUGCAGUCAGCUGAUAUAAUCUCAGGCUCUUUGAACCAUGUGUUCGCCUACUCUGGGGAGGUCAGCCUCCCCGGCGGCCACUCCAUCCAGGAGGUGGUGUACCCGGUGGUCCUGAGCAGUGCCGUGGCCUCACACAUCCUGUGGAACCUCUCCACCGUCAGCCACACAUUCACCAGUGACCAGGAGACACAGAUGAUGGUGAUCCAGGGCAUCGAGCAGACGCUUGCCCUCCUCCCCGAGGACAUGCAGAUGUACACUGCCGCCCUCAGACCGGCCCUCCUCUCGGCUCUCCUCUCGGCUCUCUCCGGGGUGUCCAGCACAAACCAGAUCCGUCCGGCCUUCUUUAACAUCUCUCAGGAAGUCACGGCCUCCCUUCUCACCAUCCUCAACAUCACAGAAGGCCCAGUGUCUAUGAACGCGCAUGGCCCUGCACACGUCCUCGCUGUCGUAUCCAACCAAGUGUCCCUCAGUGUCUUUGAGGGUCUGCUGAUGGCCUCGUCCUCAUCAGACCUGACGCUUGCCCUCACCUCGCUCAGGCGUGUGGUGAUCACUUUGAGUACAGUGAUGCCAGCCGAAGGCAGCCAUUACCUCAACGUGUCGCUCAUCUUCCUGGAGAACGUCGCCUGGGCCGUUAAUUACACCAGCAGCACAGGGGACCUCGAGGGAGCUAUGUCCAUCGUCUCAGACUUUGCCCAUACCCUUCAGACCAUGGUGCAGUAUUCCGUUGCUGAGACCACAGGCAAUGUUUUGGGAGACCUAGAGGCCACCCUGCAGAAGGCCCUCCAGACCCUUCUCUCCGGCAGUGACCCCUUGACGCAGUCAGCCGAGCUCUCCAAGCAGAUCCUCCACAGCAUCCAUGGCCUUCUCUCUUUAGCCGACAGCAGCAUUGAGACGAAUCUGGCCAGACAGGUUCUGGGGGUGACCACGAUGAAUGUGGGCCAUCUGUUCAUGAUGAACAGCACAAACUGGGUGGACGAAUUACCCAUGGUCCUGGCAGACAUUGCCAAAAGCCUCCCUGAUGGCCUUCCUUACACUGGCCUCAUUAAGAACAUAACUAUCAUCUUGACCAAUGAAACUGAAGACAACCUGAACCUCCUGCUCCACACCGUGCAGACAGCAUCCGAGCUCCUGAUGACUGACAUGUGGAAUGCCAACUACAGUCUGAUGCUGCGGCGCUUCGCCUCUCAGCUGUGUGCUCUGGAGAGGAUGGAAGCUGUCCAGCAGCUCACCCAGACCCUCUCCCUCCCAUCUGGUCUCCUGUGCCAGUCAGUGGCUCCGGCCAUGCAGGCUCUCCAUGAGAUCAUCACCAACAUGACACAAGAUGGCGCUGACCUGUAUAAUGUGCUGUUUGAGCUGUUCGUCGGGGACCCUGCUACCUACAACUUAGAAACUGACUGGACCAAUGUUGUCUCCCAGGUGAUUGGUUUCAAUGUAAGCUCAUUUGCACCACUGGAAAUCAACAUGACUGCUCCACAAGUGAAGGUGGCUGAGUUAUUCCAGAAUGUCACAGCCUUUGCAGUGGAUGUCCGUAAAUACACACAGAUCUCUCCUGAGAUCAUUGAGGCGCUGCUGAAUCUCACACUGCCCAGCAGCAACCUGCAGAUUCUGGCUCUGCUGACCAACUUGCGCCACUGCAGUGACCCCUCCAUGCUGCAGUUAAAUACCACAUACACGCUCCUCUUCAAGACCUUCUGUUCACUCCGAGCUGACCAGUGGUACAACUUUGUAGUUCUGUUUGUCCGUCACGCAAGUGUAGAGAAUCUCGUGUACAAGAUGCUGCUGUCCAGUGACAUGCAGGGCCUGGUCAGAGUCAUGAUACAGAUGGUGCACUUCUUGAUGGACAUGAUGAACAAGCUGCUGCCCGCCAUCCACACGCUGCAGGAGUACCUGAUGACCUUCGGUAACCUCAACCUGGUGGCGGACUCCGAGUUCCACGGCCUGGUGAGGGGCAAGCGCUCCACCAUCUCCAGCAAGUCAACCUUCACCACGAUUUCCCGGGCCCUGUGCCGAAAUGGAAUCAUGGCGCUUUUUGGCAUCUCUAAAUUGCCCAUCAUGACAGAGACUGACCCUUCGACCAGAUCCGAUCACAGCAGAGAUGAACUCAUCGAUAAGUUCAAGAUUCCCCGGGAUGCCUCGCCAUUCUGCAUGAACUUCUACCUGGACAUGGUGAACACGACGGGCGGCGCUGUGGCCUGGGCCUUCCUGAAGCCCAUGCUGCUGGGCCAGGUGCUCUACACCCCAGACACGCCCCUCACCAGAGAGAUCAUCAGGAAGUCCAAUGGCACGCUACAUCAGUUUGGCCAGUUAAGGACCUACUCUGAGGAGUGGAUCCAGUCAUCAUCAUAUGUGAUGCAGUCAGCAAAACUUCUGAAUCAGACCUUGCCAUUACUUCAGAAUUCCCUCAGGAAUCCAUUUGUUCAGAACUUCAUUGAGGCACAGACAAACAUCAAUGUUGGACAGAUGAAGGAUACUCUCCUGAACUUCUCUAACAUGACUGAGCUCCUGGAGAAAAACAAGUUCAUUGUGACGCAGAUCACCACUCUGUCCAGUCUGAUGAUGAACCUCUCCUCCUGCGUGAACUUUGACCGCUACAAGCCGAUGAGCAACGAGGAGGAGAUGGACAAGCAAGCAGAGGCCCUGACUCAAUCACGAGACCUCUACGCAAGCAUCAUAUUCAAACUUCCUGAAGACAAAUCCAGCACCCUGCCUCCAAAGGUGGACUACACCAUCCGCAUGCAGAUUGACAACUCCAUGCGUACCGACCGGGCACGUAACCCCUUCUGGGUGAGGGAGAACUACAUCAGCAUGACAAGGACACAGAGGUACAACCGAGGCUUCAUUUACCUGCAGGAGGCCAUUGACAGAGCCAUCAUUGAGAGCCAGCUGGGCCAGCCAGUGCAGGAUCCAGCCGUCCAACUCCAGGCCUUCCCCUACCCCUGCUUUGCCAAGGAUGAGUACCUGGAGAGCAUUUCCUUCGCCUUUCCUCUGGUCCUCAUGAUUGCCUGGGUGCUGUUCAUUGCCAACUUUGUCAAGAAGCUGGUGCACGAGAGGGAGCUGAGAUUGCACGAGUACAUGAAAAUGAUGGGCGUCAACCCUAUCAGCCAUUUCUUCGCCUGGUUCAUCGAGAGCGCGGUCUUCCUGCUGGUCACCAUCGUCAUCCUCACCAUCAUCCUGAAGGCGGGCAAGGUGCUGCCCAACAGUGACCCCUUCCUGCUCUUCCUCUACCUGUGCGACUACGGCUUCAGCAUCCUGGCCAUCAGCUUCCUGGUCAGCACCUUCUUCAACAAGACCAACAUCGCCGGCCUGAGCGGCAGCCUGAUCUACAUCAUCUGCUUCUUCCCCUUCAUCGUGGUCAUGUCCAUGGAGAGAAACCUCUCGUUCGCCACCAAGAACAUUCUGAGUCUGUUUUCACCAACCUGUUUCAGCUAUGCAAGUCAAUACAUCUCCCGCUACGAGGCACAGGAGGAAGGGAUCCAGUGGAGCAAUGCCUACGUAUCCCCCAUAGCUGGUGACACUUCGUCCUUUGGAUGGCUGUGCUGGCUGCUCCUGAUUGACUCUUUGGUCUACUUCAUUAUCGGUGCAUACAUUCGCAUGGUUUUCCCAGGCAAAUAUGGAAUCCCAGCUCCUUGGUACUUCCCUGUGAUGCCAUCUUUCUGGGCUGACUUGUGUGGGUGUCAAACAACCUCUACGAAGUCUGGCAAAGGGCUGCUGUUCUCCAACGUGAUGCAGAAGAAUUCAGCAAAUAGUAAAAAAAAAGGUAAUGGACUGUUCCCUACGCAUGAGGACAGUGAGUUCCCUGCCAUGCCAGUGGGGGUGGCCCUCCAUGGCCUGACCAAAACCUACGGAAAGAGGAACGCCAUCCAGAACCUCAACCUGUCCUUCUACGAGGGACAUGUCACCACGCUGCUGGGUCACAACGGAGCUGGAAAGACCACCACCAUGUCUCUGCUCACUGGUUUGUUUGGCCCCACCUCUGGCAUGAUUGAGGUCUAUGGGAGAGACAUGCAGACCAACAUUGAGGAGAUCCGCCAGGAUCUGGGAGUGUGUAUGCAGUAUGAUGUCCACUUUGAUCACCUGACGGCCAAAGAACAUCUGCUCUUGUACGGUCAGAUCAAAGCACCCCACUGGUCAAAGGCAGAACUGAAAGAGCAAGUACGGAGGAUCCUGAAGGAAACGGGCAUGUAUGCUCACCGGCACAAGCGCGUGGGCACCCUGUCGGGCGGCAUGAAGCGCAAACUCUCCAUCUCAAUCGCCUUCAUCGGCGGCUCCCGUCUGGUGGUCAUGGACGAGCCCACCACUGGCGUGGACCCCUGCUCCCGACGCAGCAUCUGGGACAUCAUCCUGCAGUACAAGACAGAUCGCACCAUCAUCCUGUCCACACAUCAUCUGGACGAAGCAGAGGUUCUCAGUGACCGCAUCGCGUUCAUGGAGAGGGGCGGUCUCAAGUGCUGUGGCUCUCCCUUCUACCUCAAGGACAAGUUUGCUAAGGGCUACAAUCUGACCCUCACAAAGAAGGUGCAGACUCCUGACUCUGAGGAGAGGUUUGACGGCGAGGAGCUGAAGGCCUUCAUCCAGUCCUACCUGCCCGAGGCGCGCAUGAAGGAGGGCGAGGUGGGAGACGUGGUCUACUGCCUGCCUCCGUACAGCUCCCAGAACGCCGUCGCUUUCCGCUCACUGCUCACCGGCCUGGACCAGAACCUGGACUCCCUCCAGCUGGGCUGCUAUGGCAUCUCAGACACCACACUAGAGGAGGUGUUCCUCCAGCUGACUAAAGACGAGACUGAGGCGGUGGAGAGGCCCUGGUCGGUCUCUGAGUCCGUCCUUGACAUGGCCGCCUCCAGAGACAGCCUACCUGACGACCUCUCUGAGAGCAGCUUCAAUUUUGGAGACAAAACCAGUCUGACGGGCAGAUCCACCGUGCGUGGCCUGGCUCUGUUCUGGCAGCAGGUGGUGGCCAUGCUGCUGAAGCGCGUGCACCGCUCCCGGCGCGACUGGAAGGGCAUGUUCGCCCAGGUCGUCCUGCCCGUGCUCUUUGUCAUCGCCGCCAUGGGCCUGGGCUCCAUCAAGAGCGACCUGCAGCACUUCCCCGAGAUGGAGCUCUCACCCGGCCUCUACCGCACGGGCGAGCAGCACACCUUCUUCAGCAACCAGAACCCCGACUCCAGCUAUCUAGUAGACUCCAUGAUGACCUUCCCUGGCAUUGACAAUAUGUGUGCAAACAACCCCGAUGACAUGUCCUGUGCCAGUGGCUCCAAGGAUGGGCCGUUCACUUGGACCUCCAGUGGAAACCUCUCCAAGCCAUUUGAAGCCUGCAAGUGUGCCAACUCUAAGCAGGUCUGCCAGCAUGACAACUAUAACCCUCCUCACAUCCGGAACCCCUCGUCCCAGAUAGUGUACAAUCUCACUGGAUUAAAUGUGGAGAACUAUCUCCUGGCUACUGCUAAUGACUUCAUCAGAAACAGGUAUGGGGGUUGGUCUUUUGGAAACCCUCUGCCUCCUGACCUAAAGAUGGACCUGUAUGAUGUACCAAAGAACCGGACUCUAACCAAGGUCUGGUACAACCCAGAGGGCCACCACACCAUGCCAGCCUACCUAAACAGCCUUAACAACUUCAUCCUGCGCUCUAGACUCCCAGCUGAUAAGGACCACCAGCAGUACUCAAUCUCUGUGUCCAGCCAUCCUUACCCAGGCCAGGUGGAGGAGGAGGACGCCAUGGUGAAGGGUCUUGUCAACACCCUGGUGGCAUUGUGCGUCCUGACCGGCUUCUCCAUCAUGACGGCCAGCUUUGUGGUCUACGAGGUCCAGGAGCACCACAGCGGCUCAAAGCGGCUGCAGCACAUCUCGGGAAUCAGUGAGCCUUUCUACUGGACCAUUAACUUCCUCUACGACAUGGCGCUGUACUUGGUGCCCGUGGCAUUCUCAGUGGCCAUGAUCGCUGCCUUCCAGCUGCCAGCCUUCACCGAGCGACAGAACCUUGGGGCGGUGACUCUGCUGCUGGUGUUGUUUGGGUUUGCCACCUUCCCCUGGAUGUAUCUGCUGACCGCAAUCUUUAAGGAUGCAGAAAUGGCCUUCAUCAGCUAUGUGUGCAUUAACCUCUUCGUCAGUGUCAACACCAUCAUCUCCACUUCUAUACUGUACUUCCUGGGGCAACUCAAUGAGAGCGAUGAGAGCAUCCAGGCGGUGUACCACACCUUGAGCCACGUGUUCCUCAUCUUCCCCCAGUUCAGCUUUGGCAAUGGGCUGAUGGAACUGGCCCGGGUAGACUUGCAGGUUCAGAUCCUGAAGGCCUAUGGUGUGGAUGCUUACAAGGACCCAUACAGCGCAGACAUGCUUGGCUGGAUGUUCCUCUCCCUUGUCCUCCAAGGGCUCCUGGCCUUCACACUACGGCUGCUGAUGAACAAAUGGCUCAUGCGCAAAAUCAGGAGCUUCUUCUGCCGUGGAAAGGUCGAGCCACAGAAGGGCACCUGGGAUGAGGACGAGGACGUGGUCGCAGAGCACCGUCGUGUUUACAGUGGAGAGGCUGACACUGAUGUGCUUCAGCUGAGCCAGCUCUCUAAGAUCUAUCAGCACCUCAGCAAGAAAGUACAGGCUGUCAAGAGGCUGUCUGUGGGCAUACCAGCUGGAGAAUGCUUUGGACUUCUUGGUGUCAACGGAGCUGGCAAAACAACCACCUUCAAAAUGCUGACCGGAGACGUCAGCCCUACUAAUGGAACUGCCCAAAUCCGAGACCAGGAAGGGCGUAUGGUUGACAUCAUGGACUGCAGGAAGGAGGGCAUAAACAUCGGCUACUGCCCUCAGGUGGAUGCUCUGGAUGACCUGCUGACCGGAGAGGAGCACUUGUACUUCUAUGCCAGAAUUCGUGGAAUAUCUAAGAGGGAAAUGCACAGAGUGGUGAACUAUCUGCUGAGGAAACUAGAGCUUGGUUACCAUAGAAACACAACCUCUGAGAACUACAGCUGUGGUACUCGCCGAAAGCUCUCAACUGCUCUGGCCUUGGUUGGAAGCCCCCAGAUUCUGCUUCUGGAUGAACCUAGCUCGGGUAUGGACCCCCGCUCCAAACGUCACCUCUGGAAGAUCAUCUCAGAACAAGUGAAGGGAAAAUGUGCAGUGGUGCUGACCUCGCAUAGCAUGGAGGAGUGUGAAGCCCUUUGCACUCGUCUGGCCAUUAUGGUGCAGGGACAGUUCAGAUGUCUGGGCUCCCUGCAGCACAUCAAGAACAGGUUUGGCAGUGGAUUCACAGUGAAGAUGUACCUGGAGAUGGCCUCCUGCAAUGUAGACACCAUCACCAACUACAUGCAGGAACAUUUCCCGAGCACAUACCUGAAGGACCAUCACUCUACAAUGGUGGAAUAUCAUGUUCCCAUCGCCCCUGGUGGAAUAGCUGACAUCUUUGACCAGUUAGAGUCUAAUAAGACUGCACUGCAGAUCAAGCACUUUUCUGUUAGCCAGACCACUUUGGAUGAGGUCUUCAUCAACUUUGCCAUGGGGAAGGUCGGGGUGGAGACGGUGCAUAGCGAGGGCUCUGACUCUGACAGCCUUGACUCCUUUGACGCUGUGGACAUAUGAAGGAUACGGUUCUCUAACUAAAUAGCCAAGGCUAUACAUUGUUUGGAAUAUCAGGAAUAUAUAUAUAUAUAUACUUUUAUACAAUGAAUACAAUACAUGAGGGGAAAUCCAUUGUUUUCUUUUGAUAAAUUUAAUUGUUGGUUAUCAAGCUUUGAUCACAUGCUGUAUGGAGCUAAAUUUACGUUCUUCACAUGAAAGUCUUAUUAUAAAUUGCACUUUAUUCUGGUUGGAAUAUUGCUACCAUGGCAAUAAUAGCCUAUGCAGUAGAAUGUAAUCACAUUUGUAUGAGAAAACAUUUAUUACAGUUUUAAGUUUUAUUGCCUGGGAAAAUGAAGUCAUUUUAUGGUAUUUCUUUAUAUUUAUUUUAUUCACAACUAUGCAAUGUUACUGCAAACCCAUGCAAUUUGCAUUUUCCUCUUGUGAUUGCCCUAUAAGAAGAGCCUUUGUUUACUUAAUACAUGUUGUUUUUAUGAAGACAAGCCAGAAUAGAAUGUAUACUCUUUUUUAGAGUCUAGGGGCCUUUCCCCCUGAACUUCUAGCUACAUAAGUUAAACUCUUCUCACAGGUAGCCUUUACACAUAAAUCACUAAGACCUUUUGGGCUCACAGAUACAAAUGAUACCCACAUGUCUGUGUAUUUUCACUCGGUUCUCUAUUAAUACGAUCUCUCACAGCACACCGCCCUUAUUAUGUGUUGAAUAUUUCAUUGGCUUUUUUAUUAUGGUUUGGGGCUAAAUGUUCUGAGCUUUUUCUACAUUAAAACCUUUUUCAAGUGCA